AUGGACUGUAGAUGCACCUACUCCCUAAGAGUAACCAAAUGCUGGAUUUCGCUGACGGCUCAGCUAGUCCAAGCGACUUCCCAGGAGUCCUUCAAGAGGAAACCUGAUAUGUUCUUAAAGACUAAGAAUCCAAUCUCUAUAAUGUCUAAGGGAAUAACAUUGUGUGGCCAACAAAUUGCCCAAGUUAUUGGUCAAAAAAUUAGAUCAGAUGUGGCUUAUUUAAAAUCAAACUUCAACAUUUCUCCCAAAUUGGUCGUUAUUGAAGUUGGUAAUCUACCUCAGUCAAAGUUGUACAUAACGCAAAAAUCCAAAUUUGCAGAAAAGUAUGGCAUACUUUUGUCUCACAUGCGAUUUCCAUCACAUAUACCUGAGUCAGUGCUUUUAGAUUACGUUUAUAAGUUGAAUUCUGAUUCAUCAGUGCACGGUAUCACUUUACAAUUACCGUUUGAUUCCGAUUCAAAUAUUAAUGUUACUAAUUCACUGAAUGCUGUUGCUACUCUCAAGGAUGUUGAAGGUCUAAAUGCUUAUAAUACAGCUGUAUUAAGUCGUGGGGAUAUACUAUGUCCUCACUGUGAAAACGUAAAACAACAGCAUGUUCAUAUACCUUGUACAGCAGCCGCAUGCUAUGCUUUUAUUCGUCAUGUUAAUUUUCCUAUAAUUGGUUCACGCUGUGUAAUCAUUGGUGGUGGUCGUCUUGUUGGAGCACCCACAGCGGACUUGUUGUCACGGUCGUGCGGUGCAACAGUUAUACAAUGUCAUAUACAGUCAAAUAAUAUUAACGAAGAAAUUAAGCGAGGUGAUGUUGUCAUCUCAGCAGUUGGACAUCCAAGAUUAAUAAAGGGUGAAUGGAUUAGACCAGGAGCAUUGGUAAUUGAUUGCGGCUAUUCUGUUCUGAAUGAUCCUCAAAAUCCAAACAAAUCACGAUGUGUCGGUGAUGUAGAAUUUGAAACAGCUAUAGAAAACGCGAAGUGGAUUACACCAGUUCCAGGUGGUGUUGGUCCAGUUUCAAUCGCUAUGUUAUUUCGUAAUACUGUGAAUAGUGCUAAAUGGUCUGUAGGAUUAAAUAAUUCCAUAUGUUCUUGUCCAAAUUAUUGUGAAAAUGAUAUCCUAUCUAAAGAGCUUGUCGAUAGAAAAGUGUCUACAUAA